AAAUAUACAAGUAGUAAACAAACAAAAAUAUAAGAAAAAUAAAAUUUUAUUUAUAAAAUAAAAGUAAAAAUAAUUAAGAAUUAUUGAAAUAAAAUAUCUGUUAAUUUGCCCAGUUCAAAAAGUGCCUUGAAGUUUGUGUAUUUUAAAACUAAAACUCCAGUUUAUACACGUAUUUAUUUUAAAAUUUUAAAAAUUAAUUAACAUUUGUAUGUUAAAUACGGCUGCUAAUGAAGCGUUAAUGAAAAUCUACGCUAUUUUUUGAACUAAAAUAAUUCAAAAACACACUUAUUAAACUCAAAUAAAAACACUUCAAAAUCUAGAAAAUAACAACAAAUAACUAGACUGAGUGAUACAAAUUAAAAAAAUAUAUAUAAAUAUAAAUAUAUACGCAAAUAAACUAAAGAUUUUAUUUAAAGGAAUAAAAAUAUAAUUUCAAAAUCAGAAGUCAGUUACAAAAUAACAACGAACAAAUAAAGUUGAAGCGAAAUAAAAAAAUAAAAAUAAUAAAAAACGAAAAUAAGCUAAACAUUUAAAACUAAACUAAAAUAAUAAUAAACAUUAUUAAAACAACCUCAAUAUAAACAAAAAAAAAGUAUACAAUUUCAUAAACCAUGUCAGAUUUAACAAUUUUAAGCAAUCAGUCUUCCACUACCGAUCGUUUUGAGUUACAAAAUUUCGAUUUAAUACAAAACUAUUCGGUGUUAAUCAAUAAAUUAGAACAACUGGCAUUGGGUGUUGAUGCCACACUCGACAACAUUGCUGUGGAUCACAAAGCUGUCGAGUUAACUCUGGGCAAUGGUGAUUUGUUGGCUGGUGAUCCCAUAACGGCCAGUCGUGCUGGACCACCUCAUGUUACUUUGGCCCAUGGCCUAGAGGAGGUGGAGUAUUCGCGUGUGGUUAGUGAUAUAUGGAUUGGUGUGAUUUUAACACUUUUAAUAGUGUCUGUGAUAUUCUUUAUAUGCGCCUGCUUUUUGUAUCACAAGUUUCAGCAGUGGAAAAACUCAUAUCGCACAAAUAACAAUGAGAAUAUUGAGAUCUGUCGCAAUUAUCCCCCGAACUUUGAGGCCGAAUCACUGCCCUCUUACACCAUUGUCUCCGGUUUGCCCACUUACGAUGAUGCCAUCGAAGAAUUCCGCAAAGCGGGCAUUAUACUCACCCCACCCAUGCCGGUUAUAAAAAUAUUUGAGGCCAAAGAAACGAAAGAUUCCAGCUACAAUAUCGAUAAUAUUAACGAAGCAGACAAUAUAUCGGUGGCUUCGGUAAAUACCUGCAGCUGUGGAGGUGGUAAUGGUGGCCUUAGUAACAACAAUAGCUCGUCUCAGCAAUUUUUAGCCGGACAACAGGUCACACCUUCCGCCAUUAAUACCCAAUUCAUAGAAUUAUCACCCGAACAAUUGGCUUCCUUGUCCCAGAAACGUUUAUCUUUGCAAAUUGCCUUUCCACCCGCUAUUCGCCGUAAUUCACGGCCCAGAGUUGAUAUGCGCAAUAAUUUGUUGCGUUCUCGUGCUGUAGGCAAUACAGCCGGCUAUGAAGCGAAUUUCCCUCAAAUCCAUCGUUCCUCAUCGGUGUUUUCGCUGGCCAAUGAACGUCAGAAUAUACAAAUGAUGCAGCAUAAUAUGCAGCACAGGGGUUCUUUGUUUUGAAUAAAGCCCGCCCUCAACCUCCCAGUAAACCUGCUGAUAUAUACAAUAUAUAUAUAGAAAAAGUUCCUUUAAUUAUAUUUAAAGGUUUUAAUACAUUUUUUUAGUUUUAAAUAAUAAAUACUUUACCUUAUGACCGUUCUAAGUAUUGUUUAUAGAUUUUGUUUGUGAGUGUGUGUUUUAUUGUUAAUGUUAAAAUAAUUUUAGUUUAAUUUUUAUUGUAAAUACAUAAUUAUAUUUUUACCUCCUUGUUCAAUUUAUCACUGAUUUAUAAAGAAAAAUAUUUCCAUACAAAGUUUGUUUUAUAAACCUUUGAUAAAUUUAUAUAAAUUGAUUAUGAAUAAGGUCUUUAGUUUUAAAAGUUAAUAUAAAAAAAAUAUUCUAAAUAAAAAAAUUUGAACUAAAAACUUAUAAAAAUAAAA